CGUCCGUAUUUAUUUUUUUAAUACUUUACAAUUUAUUAAUUAAUAAAUGGCAUAAAAGAAAUAUGUAAUAAUUUUUAUCUACAUGAUGUCACAAGUGGGUACUUUUCUCGACGAAUGAGAAAAGAGACUGUUAGUCACGUGAUUCUAACGGCGGUUUCAGUUUUGAAUUGACGUUCGAGAAUGGAGAGAGUCGAUUCUCCCGAUGUUAUAUGCUUAUCGGACAGCGAAGAUGUAAUUGUGGUCCCAGAGAAGGUUUCCUCAAAACUUCCAGAAGUUUUGAUAACUCUCAAAUCUGAUAAUUCUUCCGAUGAAGAAAAUGUAAAUUUUUUGAGGAAAAGAGUAACUCGGCGAGGCUUAAAACUCGAUGAUUUUGUUUCAUUGAACCCCGAAUUGGAAGAAGAAUUGGAAAUGUCAAAAAUUUAUACUUCCAGAGUAGAUUCAUUCAGGAAACAAAGGAAUAAUUUUUAUGAAAAUUUACCUGCUUUCUUGUCUUCCGUUCCACAGAAUAAUGAUGAUGAUGAAGUAUUGGAUAAGGAAAGUGAAGAACACGAAAAUGUUAGCAAUGCUUGCAAAAGACUUUGUGUAAAUAAUGUAAAUAAUUCACCUGUAGUAGAAAGGAAAAGUCCCUCACCACCACCCCAAAUAACUGCUCUUCCAAUUAAUUUUUCAAAAAGGAAUAAUAGAAGAAAGACAAAUAAGAUACUAAGGAAAAGUCCCUCACCGCCACCCCAAAUAACUGCUCUUCCAAUUAAUUUUUCAAAAAGGAAUAAUAGAAGAAAGACAAAUAAGAUACUAAGGAAAAGUCCCUCACCGCCACCCCAAAUAACUGCUCUUCCAAUUAAUUUUUCAAAAAGGAAUAAUAGAAGAAAGACAAAUAAGAUACUAAGUGAAAUGGAAAAUAGUAAACGUAUCUAUAAUGCUAUCAGAAAGAUUGAUGAUUUCGAAAAAUCUCAGUCAUUGAAUUCUGAUUUAUUAGACAUAAACUACCAAAGAACAUUAAUGGUAAAAUUUAGAUGGCAAGGUACAAUUCUAAGAAUACCUAUGAAAAUGACACAAAAAUUUGCAACCAUUUUACCCGAAUUAGCAGAAAAAUGCAAAGUCGACAUUUCUGAUAUUUUUCUCGUCAUAAAUGAAGAAAGUAUUAAAGCCGAAGAUUCUCCCGACUCACACGGUUUAACUUCGGCCGACAUAAUAGAAUGUUAUGUUAUCAAAUCGUCAAAUUUAGCAAAUGAUGAAAAUGAAGUUAAUUUGAAAGUUCAAGCUAGCGACAGUAAAAAGAAAAUUACUAUCUCGAUAAAUAAGGUAUUUUUCAUUUUUCAAAAUAAUGUAUUUGUUAUGAUAGUUACCAUGAGUGUAAACAAUAUGAAAAAGUAAGAGAUAACAAUUUAC